GUGUGUACUCCAACUUGUCAAAGCCGUGUCAACUACUCUCCCGAUACUAGUGGAGUGAAGGCGUAUUUGGAGGGAUAACGAUAACACGCUCGGCCACUGUGGGGUAAAAGACACCACUGCUGCUGAUGCUCCUGCCACAGACACACACACAGGCAGUAAAACACACACCGCUGCUUGAACCGGAGGGACUGUCCUCGCGACUGUGAGGCGUAAAUGGCCACAACAUAUCCUAAAAGAAGAGCGAGACAACCUGUGCACCAGAUGCAUCCUGGAAAUUAGGACGCGGUUUUGCUGAAAUUGAGACAUUUUGUCGCGAGUUCCUGUCACCGCUUUAUUUUGGAGGGGGAUCUGGAUCAAUAGGCUGCAAUCAUGGACGAGGAUAACCAAGUACCUGAGGACUUGUCUUUGGAGGAAAGAGAUGAGCUGUCGAACAUACGGCGCAGGAAAAAAGAGCUUCUGGAUGAUAUUGAACGGCUGAAGUUUGAGAUUGCAGAGGUGAUGACUGAGAUCGAGCAGCUAACCUGUGUGGGAGAGAGCAAAACAACGCAAAGAAACAAACAGAUCGCCAUGGGGAGGAAGAAGUUCAACAUGGACCCUAAAAAGGGGAUCCAGUUUCUUUUGGAGAACGAUCUUCUCCAGAACACCCCUGAGGACAUUGCUCAGUUCCUCUACAAAGGCGAAGGGCUCAACAAAACAGUCAUAGGGGACUACUUAGGGGAACGGGAUGACUUCAACAUCAAGGUCCUCCAGGCGUUUGUGGAGCUUCAUGAGUUUGCAGAUCUCAACCUUGUACAAGCCUUAAGGCAGUUUCUGUGGAGCUUCAGACUUCCUGGCGAGGCUCAGAAGAUUGAUCGAAUGAUGGAGGCCUUCGCCUCUAGGUACUGCCAAUGCAAUCCUGGCGUCUUCCAGUCCACAGAUACCUGCUAUGUCUUAUCCUUCGCCAUCAUUAUGCUGAACACGAGUCUGCACAAUCCCAACGUCAGAGACAAACCCCCUGUGGAGCGCUUCAUCUCCAUGAACAGAGGGAUCAAUGAGGGGGGAGACCUCCCAGAGGAGCUACUCAGGAAUCUAUACGACAGCAUCAAGAGCGAACCCUUUAAGAUCCCAGAGGAUGAUGGGAACGACCUGACGCACACGUUUUUCAAUCCAGACAGAGAAGGCUGGCUGCUAAAAUUAGGGGGCCGAGUGAAAACCUGGAAGAGGAGGUGGUUCAUCCUGACCGACAACUGCCUCUACUACUUUGAAUACACAACAGACAAGGAGCCUCGUGGGAUCAUCCCUCUGGAGAAUCUCAGCAUCAGGGAGGUGGAGGAACCUAGGAAACCUAACUGCUUUGAGCUUUAUAACCCCAAUCACAAGGGCCAGGUGAUCAAAGCCUGCAAGACAGAGGCAGAUGGCCGUGUAGUUGAGGGAAACCAUGUGGUGUACAGGAUAUCAGCGCCCACGCCGGAGGAGAAAGAGGAGUGGAUUAAAUCCAUAAAGGCAAGCAUCAGCAGAGACCCCUUCUAUGACAUGCUGGCCACCAGGAAGAGACGCAUCGCCAACAAGAAGUGAAGAGGGACGAUCUUCUCAACCUCCAGCCCCUCCAUCUUCCUGUCCUUCAACUCAUAAACUCAUAAACCACACACUGAGUUUCUGUUUGACUACAGAAAUUAUUGUCAACUACGGAAAAGACUUCACUGAUGAAGACAAACCUCACUUUCUCUCCAGGACUGUUCACAAGUCCUGUGCAGUUGUUGGGGUAGACGUCACACACUACACAGGGGUGACAGCAUAGCUUCAGGAAGCUCAGAUAUGUGGACAUGCAUGGAGCGAAACAUGAACAACCAACCAGCUGGUUUGUUUUCUGCCAUCUCACACACACCCCCUACCUCCCCCUCUCAUCGUCAUUACAUGUUUCUAGGUCUUUUUAAAGCACAACUGCCAUGUUUCAGGUGCACAUGCAUGCAUGUGGGUUACUAUAGACCAAUAUGUUUGUGUUGUAUGUGUGUGUAUGCAGCAGUGAGCAUGCUAUCAGUGCACACAGAAAUUGCAGUAUGGGUGCAUAUGUCAAGCGUUCCCUCCACUGUGCUUUAUGAAGAAAGACAUUCAAAGUCAGAGUUCAGAUGUGCGGUCAACAUGUGUGUGAAUGCAGUUUAGGAAGAAACAUAUGGGAGGUGGUGCGUGGACACAUCACCUGGAUCACGUCGUCAUCUCACUCUGAAGCUGAAUUCUUCUCGACAGGUGCCAUGACUGAAGCCCUGAUCAGAGUGACCUCAGAAAACAGUGCUGGCUAACAUGUGGGUUCCUGACAAAGCAUUCUGAAGUCAGCUGGGCUGAUUUCAUUUAUCGGUGCGUGGAGCAGAGAAUUUUUGAAACGUGCAUACUUUUUUUGUUUUAGUUAAGUAGGAAAGAAGCUUUUUCUGAGGCUUAAGAUGAAACUUGCUUUUUGAACUCAAACUUGUAAUCCUUAAGAUUUCGCAUCUUGGUUGUUUUGUUGACUCUUCCGUACCUUUUUUCGGUCUAUCAAUCAUUCCAUCUUUUUUGUAUAGUGGCAAUUCAUAUCAAACAUUACCUCAAGACAAUUUACCAAAAGAGCAGGUCUAGGGUUCACUCUUUGUUAUGAUUGCAAACACUCCUUGUGUGGCCUCUUUGUGUAUCUGCAACUAUUUACUCUGUGGCCAAUCAAAUCUAAAUUGCUGCAUUGAAGCAGCUGCACAUUGUCGACAAAAACUGUGUUUUCUACAAAAUCCACGAAACUCCCUAACUAGCAACGUAAGAUUUUUUUAAAAGUAGAAGCCACACAUUGUGGUAAAGGCUAGUUAGCUAGCUGCUUACUGAGUCUUCUUCAUAGACAUCUUGGCCCUGUCACCCGCUCCACUCAGUGUAAUCUGUUUGGCAGGCGCAAUUCAGUGUCAGCGCAUUUAAUCAAUCAUAACUCGCUGAAUACUAAACUGUUUUUCAUGCAGGGUUUUUUCUCUGCAAAUGUCAUACAUGUAGGUAUGAUACAGGACACAUGGUUUGGCGUAUUUUAAUAUUCAUAGUGGGCUUAACAGUAUAGAAUAUUCUGUUAUGUGAUAUAUGUGAUGUAUGAUAGGUAUUCUGCCGCACAAUGCUCUGGCAUCUUGAAGUCUCUGCUGCUUCAGUUUACGUUUACAGGUAGGAUCAUGGGUAGGAUGACCGGACCAAGAUGGCGGCCGUAUUUCUUGCACCCCAGCAGCCAAUGCGGCAUCUACUCUUUAUAUGUCUAUGGUCUUCUUCAUUAGCUGUUGCUUCUUCUUGGUCUUCCCUCUGUUUUAUUGCAGGUGGCUACUACCAUAAAGAAUUACUACUGCCCCCUACUAUGAACCAACUAACUAUAUGGUAAUAUUGUAUGUUUAUUUUUAGCGCAUAUUCAUAUUUCCUUUUCUUUUCAUGGGUUACAUGCAUUCACAGACCCAGUUGCUUACACCUAAAUCCAUUCAUUUUAAAUAUUUUUACAUCAUUCAUUUCUUAUUUCAGAUUGUUUACCGUGAAUCUUAAGGAUUACAGUUUAGACAAAAACACUUUCUUUAUGGAAAACCUUUUCAGUCUACUGGGUAUGUUUUAUUUGUGUCUGUGUAUUGGCCCAAUAGGGUACCAGUCCAACUAAGCUUUUCGUUUCUCGUCCAUGACCUACAGUAUGUGAGUGAAGGUCCACGUGUUGUUGUGAUCCUGUUUGCAUUUAGUUUGUAAUCCUAAAAAUCCUUGCUUGCUUUUGUGUUCUUCUUUCAAAGUACAUAUGAAUAUAACCAACUUAUCAUUUCUGUAUUUAUUUUCAUUUGUGAAACAGUUUAAUACUUCCAGUAAUUGUUCAACAAUGUAUGCUUAAGUUAUGUAUGUAUAUAAAUGUAUAGGUUUCUGGUCUCUUUGUUGUAGUAUGCACACUCUGUGUAACGUGUGUGAGCCUACAGGCACAAGUUUGCAUCAGCUGAUGUUUGGGGUCUUCUUUGCAAAAGCCUUAAACAUAAUCAUAAAAAAACAGAUGAUGAAGAUGAGGAUGAUGAUUAUAACAGUGAUCAAUAACUGUGACGAUGCUGUUUAAAAAGCCAUGACUAGUGAGAGAACGAUGGUUGUAUUUUCAAUGAUGAUAAAGAUUAUAAAGAUAAUGAUGUUUGAUGUUAAUGAUGACUAUAGUGAAGUUUUAUCAGUGAUGAUGAUGAUGAUAAUUCUAUCAUUGAUGAUGAUGUCAAAAAACUAUAAAACCAGUAGUUUUCUAUGUGAUUUUAAAAUAAUUUAAAAAGCCUUGUGGUCAGGGCAGAAUAUUAUCUUCUACGGCCCUGCAGGGCUCAUAUUAACUUUUAUAUUCUCUGUAAAAGCUAUUGGUCACGUUGUACAUUACGUGUAUCUAUAUAAAGUAUACAUAAAGCUAACAGUA